UCGAGUCUACUGUUCACGAUGCCAACCGUUUCGCCCCCUUUGAUCGUCGACGACCCCAGACUCGACAUCUUCGCCCGAAAACAUUAUGCAGCGGUGUAUACACUGAUUCCAUUAACGACAUUUGCUAUUAUCCUGCGCAUCUACACGAGAAGACAUAAAGGCGCUCGCCUCGCUUUGGACGAUACUUUUGCCAUAUUAACCUGGGCCUUUACCAUAGGAUUAUACGGGUUUUUGAUACACGGCUUUAAGAACGGUGCGGUUGGACAUGCUCGGGGCACUCUACCCAAAAAGAACGGCAGGCAGGUCGCGAUGUUAACUUACGCCGCCCCAAUUGUAAUCACCUGCAUAAUAACACUUGCAAAACUCAGCGUGCUUUUCUUAUAUCAACGUGUAUUCACUCCAAUAAGAUCCUUCCAAAUUCAAAUUUGGGUGGUCGGUGGUUUGUGUACAGUAUGGUUUUUCGCUACAGCGUUUCCCGCAAUUUUCAAGUGUUCCCCUGUGAGAGCGGGGUGGGAGCCGUCGCUCAUGGUGCUACCUAGCACCAAAUGUUUUGACUUCCAAAAGUGGGCUUUGAGCACUGAAGUUGUCAGCGGCGUACUUGACUUCGCGGUUGCCGGUAUCGCGAUAGGUGUGCUUCGUCAUGUACAGAUGAACUGGGCACAGAAGGCGGGUCUUCUAGUGUUGUUCUUGCUAACAACUCUUGUAGCCAUCAUUGGCGCGAUUCGAAUCAGUCUUACAUAUAGACUCAACGUUGGAGGCAACUUCGCUCCCGAUGAAGGCAUUUUUUGGGCUAGUAUCCAGUCUGGUAUAUGCGUUAUCUGUUGCUGCUUGCCUACCUAUGGAUCAAUACUCAAUUCCUUUACCAGAGGCAUCAAAAAAAUGCGUAGCCAGGUUGUUGAUACUUAUGGGACUUCUAAGUUCAGUAUUCCUAGGUCGGGCACCACACAAGCGGUCGAUAAUUCUGAGUACGAGCUGGGUUCUACGCAUUCCGAUGGGAUACCACUUGCUGCGCCUUACUGGAAAAUGGGCUCUACACAGAGUGGGGAUGGAUCAAAAUCAGGUGGAGCUGCUUCUUAA